CAGUCUCACACAUAGCCCUGCAAAGCCGACCAUUCCCUCGCCUUCAGCCGCGAGAACUGCCUGCUCUAACAUCCCGCCUUGGAGCGGUUGGCAUUUUGUUUUCUCUGGCCCAAGCAGGGAAUGGAAUGUUUCAGAAGACAAGCUGGAUUCAGCCGAUGAUGUCUGUCCAUGCGUUUGUUACCGUCUCCCGGAGCACAGGCACUGUCUCGCUGCAGCCACGCCAGCCACGAGCUUCAGGGCGCGUUACAGCUGCCACAUUUGCUAAACAAAAGAAGUUUAAGGGCGACUCUUUCGAGCGGGCGAGGCAGAACAAUAGCUGUCUCACAGCCAGGCGCCCGGCCAGGCGGUAGCUCCUUCUGCACGCAGAAGGCUACCCUGGGGCCCGCUGGCCCCUCUGCGGAACCCUUCGAGGGUUUCCUUUGCCCUGUGGAGCCCCAUCCCGCAGCACACAAACCCGCGCGCCUGGCUUACGCGACUGGGCGGGAAGGCUGAUUAAAACUCACAGCAUUGGUUCGUUAGUGGUGUGAACCCCCCGCCCCCGAUGCUCCGGUCCCUGGAGUUUUAAGCACGUGAGCACACGACGCUGCCUGUUCUCCAAAGACCCCGCAGCCUUUCAGGAGGGAGCCAGCGCGCCAACCUCUCCAGCCAGCUCCACCGGCGAGUCCCCGCUCCGCCCGCGCACCCGAGGAGCCUCCCUCCCCGCGGCGGGGCUCCGCGCCUCGCCGCCACCAGCGCCGCGCACAGGACUGUCCGGCAGGCAUCCGAGGAGGGAUGCUGCGAGGGCAAGAGGCGGCGGAACGGCGGCAAGAGGCGGCGUAGGGCGGCGAGGAAAGCAGGCAGCCCCCGGCAGGGCUGGCCGGGCGAAGAGGGGAACCACAGGCGCCCUGGGCAGCGGCUGGGCUCCCUCCCUGCCCCGGCUCUGCGCCUGCCCCAGCGCCAUGUGACUGACCCGCUCUGUGCAGCCCAGGGCAGAACGUCGGACUCGGUCCCCGGGGCAUUGACCCGCCCGCCCAGGCUGACCCCAGGCCCCCUUGUGAUCGCUGGGGCUGCCCCCCUCCGCCCGGCCGCCAUGCGCUGAGAGCCCCCGGCCCGCAGCCCUGCUCCCAUGGGGAGGGGAGCCCAGGCGGCGGCCGCUGGCGCUGUGAGGGCGGCGCCCUGCUUGGCCGGGGCAGCAUGAAGUCCCUGCUCCUCAGCCGCUUCCUGCUGCUGCUACCCUGGGGGCUCAUCGUCAUCCUCCUGCUGGACACGGACAGCAGCCGGGCGCCGCCCGCGCCCCCGGCCCGGCCCCCGCAGCAGGCGGGCCCCCGGCGGCCGGCGCUGCCCCCCAUCUAUGCCAUCACCCCCACCUACAGCCGCCCGGUGCAGAAAGCCGAGCUCACCCGCCUGGCCAACACCUUCCGCCAGGUGGCGCGGCUGCACUGGGUCCUGGUGGAGGACGCGGCCCGGCGCAGCGAGCUGGUGAGCCGCUUCGUGGCGCGGGCCGGCCUGCCCUGCACCCACCUGCACGUCCCCACCCCUCGCAGGUACAAGCGGCCCGGCCUGCCCCGCGCCACCGAGCAGCGCAACGCCGGGCUGGCCUGGCUCCGGCAGCGACACCAGCACCUGCCGCCGCCGCAGCCCGGGGUGCUCUUCUUCGCCGACGACGACAACACCUACAGCCUGGAGCUCUUCGAGGAGAUGCGUACAACCCGCAAAGUAUCCGUGUGGCCUGUGGGACUAGUGGGAGGUCGACGGUAUGAGCGCCCUGUAGUGGAAAAUGGGAAAGUUGUUGGCUGGUAUACUGGCUGGAGAGCAGACCGGCCGUUUGCCAUUGAUAUGGCAGGCCUUCAGACAGCUAGCUAUCAUGCAUGGCCCAGGUGUUCAACAGUACUGGCUGGGCUGAUGUGGAGAGAGCUGGAUGUCAACACUGAGCAGGAGGGAGGCAAUAUGAAAUCCUGUGAAACUCCACACAGCAGCAGUCCUAGGAAUGAAAAGUAAUUGCCUAACACAACCCUGUGGAAUUACUCAAUAAAGAAAGAAUGGAACUGUCCAAGAGCAAGCACUGCCCUGACAGAACUGCUAAGCAAUGUUCUCCUGCUUUGGUGCACACGCACAAGCCUGGAAUUCCUGGCUGGAACCACCCGAAGAACUUCUUCAGUUUCCAGCAAACAAGUAAAUCCACUUAGAGGGCGAUAGAGUAAAAUGGAAGAACAUGAUAACACCUGGAUUAAUUUUAGGGAAGCUUUAGAUGUCUGCUUUACAAAACUCCUGAUGUCCGUCUGUAACACACAAAGAAAAUGUACAUCCUUGGAUAAAAAAAAGAGAAAGAGAAUGCUUCUAAUUUAAGCAGCAUUACAAAACCCUGUUACCAACAUAUCUGCUUUAGUAGUGCUGCCAUGACAGUACUCUCUGCAGUGAAUUUAAGCGCUUGGCUUGUGAAUCUCCAAAGCUGGAUGGACCUGAGGCUGCUGUUGUAUCCAAACGCGGGUGGAGUGAGCUGUAGUGUGAUGUUCUACUGCUGGGCAUUCCCAUCAUGGAAAGCCCUGGGACAUUUCUCAAAGAUGCUAUUUUCAUGUAUUUUGCUUAGAGGCUAAGCCAGGGAUGAAUGUUUUCAGUGCCAGAUUUAUUUUUAAAACCCUAAUCUACUCUUUAAAAGAAGCUGUCCUGCUGUGGAAUGAGAUGGGGUUUUUUGCAGGGAGAUAAGGGCUAGGCUGAAGCCCAUAACCAACAUUAAGGUUUUUACUUCUAACCAACUUUCAAAUCUAUGAGUGUAUGUUGCCUUAUUUCCUAGGCUUGGGUAAGUCUGGUUUUGGAAGCCAGAGAAUCUCUGAGGUUGGGAUACUGCUCUUAAAGAGAGUACAUGCAAGUUACUUUAGAGCUGAUAAGCUUUUUGUGGUGCUUGUUCCUUGAAAGCUACUCAGAAAGAAUGUUGUCAGUCAGGAGUUAAUUUUCUCAUCUGUGAUAAUGGCCAGCAGUGUAACCACUGCCACUAAGGAGCUAACAUUCACAACUGCUUGCUUUAAACAAAGGGAUUUAUGUGUACCCACAGAUUAAUCUAAGCAGCAAAUGCUGUGCAGAAUAACAAUUUUCUUUAUAACUUCCCACAGAAAAGCAGCAGUGGCUGGGCAAAUUGUUAGAAAUGUAUUCUUUAACUAGACAAUGAUAAACAACAUGUUCUUGAAUCGACUAG